ACACUUGACUUUCAUCAUUCCGUGAAUCUCUCUCAUAUUUAAUUAAUAGAUAGAAUAGACAGGUGUAUUUAAGUGUGAAAAGUUGUGAAUUUUAAUUUAGCGUGAAGAUGAUGAAUCCAUUUGGAAAAACCCAAAUGCGAAAAAAAUCACAGAAGCUCGCUCCAAUAAUCGUAGCAGCCUUAUUAACACUCCUCCUAACAAUCCAUUUAUACCUCUCCUUCAUCGGAGGAGCCACCCCAACAUUCGUUUCCCGGGCUAACUACAAACGAGGGGCCGAAUGCGACCUGUUUGCGGGCGAAUGGGUGCGGAAUCCGGAGGGCCCGUACUAUACCAACGAGACGUGCGAUGCAAUUCAGGAGCAUCAGAAUUGCAUGAAAUUCGGGCGGCCCGAUACGGACUACCUCAAAUGGAGGUGGAAGCCCGACGCCUGCGACCUUCCCCUUUUCCAGCCCCAUCUCUUUCUGCAAAUGGUAAAGGGAAAAUCAUUAGCGUUUAUCGGUGAUUCUGUUGCUAUAAAUCACAUGCAGUCCUUGAUUUGCCUCUUGUCUAAGGUUGCACGUCCCGUAGAGUCCGCGGAUCCAUUGUAUUCAAAAAUAUUGUAUCAAUACAAAGAGCACGACUUCAACAUCACUAUUUUCUGGACGCCGUUUCUGGUCAAGACCGGAACCAUAGACCCCUCCCACGGCCGCCCGUUCGAUCUAUACCUCGACGAGUUCGACGACACGUGGUCCAACCAAAUCGCACAUUUCGACUACCUCAUAAUCUCCGCCGGCCCCUGGUUCUUCCGCCCGAGCUACUUCCACCUCAACCGCCGCCUCCACGGCUGCCUCUACUGUCCCGAGCCUGACUCCAACAUCACGCACCUCGCGCCGGCCUUCGCCUACCGCCACGCCUUCCGCACGGCGUUCCGCGCCAUCCACGCCGCCGCCGGAUACAGAGGCGUGACGUUCGUGCGGACCUACGCGCCGUCGCAUUUCGAGGGCGGCGCGUGGGACAAUGGCGGGGACUGCGUGCGGAAGACGCCGUUUACGAGGAACCAGACGACACUCGCGGAGGGCGCGUCGGAGUUUCAUACGAUACAGUUGGAGGAGCAGGAAAUUGCAAGAAGAGCAGGGAGGCUAACUGGAGGGAAGUUUGUUCUAUUUGAUACAACCAUGCCCAUGUGGCUGAGGCCGGAUGGGCAUCCUAGUAAAUAUGGCCAUUUGCCAGGGGCAAAUGUGGUAUUGCGUAAUGACUGCGUGCAUUGGUGUUUGCCUGGCCCCAUUGAUGCUUGGAGUGAUUUUUUGCAGGAAUUGUUGAGGCGAGAAAUUCAACACAAUUAAUAUUUUACUAAUUGUUUUUAUUUUAAUAGGAAAUUCUUGUGUAAUAUUAUCAUUAUCAUUACAUUCAUUCAUUGAUGAUAAUGUUGAUGAAAAUACUGCCCCACUUUUUGGUGUGUAUGCUUUUCAAAUUUUUGUAGUUUAUGAAGUGGGUGUAUUUUUAAUGAAAUGAUGUUGACAUCUAUCAGAGAA